UACCCUCGAGCAACGAGAUAUGAUAACAAUGUUGUGAAAAAUAUUUUUGAUUGUCCUUAGGUGAAUCAACGACAACAACCGUAUCGAUCAGAAACAUCGAAAGAGAAGACAGCGGUCUAUCAUUAUCCAUCAGUUCAUUAA